AUGCCUUUGUCCUCCAACGAUAGACUGUCGUCGUUUAUUACUGUUUUCAACGGACAAGAUUAUCCUGCAUGGAAGGUGAAAAUGAAAACUUAUCUUAUGUCUGAGGGAUUAUGGAGCAUAGUUGCCAACGGGUACAAAGAAACUGAAGAUGAAACAGGUUUGGAUGCAACAACCAAGAGAGAUCUGGAAAUCACUCGUAUGAGUAAUGCGAAGGCUCUGUCCAAGUUACAAAAUGGAGAUGGACCAACGAUUUUCCCACUCAUCAUUCGUUCUUCAUAUGCGAAGGAAGCUUGGGAUAUUAUAGCCAAAGAGUUCGAAGGAGAUGGCAAGACAGUGGUCAUCAAACUACAAAACCUAAGACGCGAAUUUGAGAACCUGAGAAUGUUGGAAACAGAGUGUGCGCAAGACUUUUACACCAGGGCAAUAGAUAUGGUGAAUCAAAUGAGAACUCUUGGAGAAGAUGUUGGAGAUCAGAAGGUGGUACAGAAGUUACUCAUCAGUCUGCCUGAGAGAUACAAUGUAGUUGUAGCAGCAAUUGAAGAAUCAAAAGAUCUGUCAAUCCUGAAACCUGAAGAAUUAAUGGGGUCACUUGAAGCUCAUGAACAUAGGCGUCUGAGGAGAGGAGAUCAGAAUCAGUCCUUGGAGUCAACAUUCCAAGCAAAAAUGACACUCACAAAUGACACAAGGAAAGGGAAAUAG